UCAAAACUGAAACGCGCAAUGGAAAGCGAAUGCAACUUGAAAUGUCUCCCUUUUUCUCUUUCUUCCUUCACUUCACAAAAAGAAAAGUCUCCCGUCUUUCCUCGUUUUGCUGUUAAAAAUCAAAGAUGAUGUCCUCCUGCUCUUUCCGCUUUUGACAUUGCUAAUUGCAUAUCUUUGGAAAAGAAAAUUUUCCCAAAUUUAAUCUGGGGUUUUUGUUUAUUUAUAUUAAAGUAAUUUGUUCUUGUAAAAUUAUUUCUGUCUGUGUUUCGAUGGGUCUGGGUGAAUUCUAUUUCUUUGGCAAUUGAAUAUAUAUAUAUAUAUACCCUUUCUAAAAUAACAAGUUGUGUUUUUUCUUCCUCUUCUUCUUCUUCUUCUUCUUCUUCUUCUUCUUUUUGAAAUUUGUAAAUUGAUAUUGCUUGCAAAAUUUUAUUUCUAAAAAGUUGCUGAUGCUUAAUUUAUAUUUAAGUAAAUCCUACAGGGCACUGCCUUAAUUCUUUCUUAUUAAUAGUUAAUAAUGCGUUGAGUUUGAUUGAUUAUUGCUAUUUGUCGCACUAGUUUUUUUUUUUUUUUUUCGUUUGCGAGCUUUCUCGCUUUCUCCCAGAAAUUGAAGAAAUAGAAAUACUGAGAAGAAAAGAAAUACUAGUGGAAAUUGAAUGACGGCAUUUCUGUCAUUCUUCUUCCUUGGGUCUUCCAGUUUAUACCAGUGACAGAGGCAGUGUUGAUUGUAGAUCGGUGGGUUCAUCAUAAAAUUAAACAUUAUCAAGCCUACAGUUUGAACAUUCUUUUUUAGGUUAGGAUUGGAUUGAGGUUCGUUCGUCUUUGAUCCCAUAAAGAAAUCUGCGGAAAAACCAAAAUGAAGCUCAUUGUGGGCGUAAUUGAAGCAAGAAACAUACCAGCCAUGGAUUUAAACGGCUUCAGUGAUCCAUACGUCAGGCUUCAGCUAGGAAAACACAAGUACAGGACCAAAGUGGUGAAGAAGACGUUGAACCCAAGUUGGGGUGAGGAAUUCAGUUUCAAGGUGGAGGAUUUGAACGAGGAGCUUCUCAUCUCUGUGCUGGACGAGGAUAAGUACUUCAAUGAUGACUUUGUGGGCCACCUUAAACUCCCCGUUUCCCGGGUUUUUGAUGCUCAUCAAAAAUCUCUUGGCACCGCUUGGUAUUCCCUCCACCCUAGGAAUAAGAAGUCCAAGAACAAGGAUUGUGGUGAAAUACUUCUAAAUAUCUAUUUUUCCCAAAACAAUUCAUUCAUGGAGACUUGUAAUGGUGAUAAUGCAUCGACAUUGAGGAAGCAUGUGGACAUGACUAUUGAGGAUCUUUCUAGGUCUUUUAGUGGUUCAUCAAACUCCCCUUCUCCUCUGAGACAAGAAGAUAAUGUCUCUUCCAAGGAGGAGAAAUCAUCUGCGCAAAAAUCCCUAGCAGGUCGAAUUGCUCAAAUGUUUAAUAAAAAUUUUGACACUGCUCCUACUACCUCCACUAGGGGCAUUGAUUUGAUGGAGAUACCUGAAACUUCAAGAGCUGAUAUUUCUGAUGACAAGUCUGAUGAUCAGUCAUCCUCUCUUUCUUUUGAGGAAGCAAUGAAAGCAUUGGACUCCAGAGAUCAGGGAAGUGAAAUUCCAAUCAAUUUAUCUGGAGGAGUCCUUCUGGACCAAUUAUAUGUGAUCGCACCAACAGAGCUAAACUCUCUACUUUUUUCACCUGAUUCAGGUUUUCCUAGGUCAUUAACAGAGGUGCAGGGAUUUACAGAUCCACAAUUUGGGCCUUGGAAAUUUGAGAAUGGUGGUGAGAGCUUAAAGAGAGUUUAUUCUUACAUCAGAGCUCCAACCAAAUUAAUUAAGGCAGUGAAGGCCAUUGAAGAGCAAACGUAUAUAAAAGCUGAUGGGAAAACUUUUGCUGUUCUAGCAGCUGUGAGCACUCCUGAUGUUAUGUAUGGGAGCACCUUCAAAACUGAAGUGCUGUACUGCAUUACUCCUGGUCCUGAGCUUCCGUCUGGAGAACAAUCUUCACAUUUGGUGAUUUCAUGGCGAAUGAACUUCUUGCAGAGCACCAUGAUGAAAAGUAUGAUAGAAAAUGGAGCCCGGCAAGGUCUAAAGGAAAGCUUUGAGCAGUUCGCUUCUUUACUAGCUCAGACUAUUAAGCCAGUUGAUUCAAAGGAUAUUGGGUUGAACAAAGAACAACUUUUGGGAUCAUUGCAGGCUGAACCCCAGUCGGAUUGGAAGUUGGCAGUCCAGUACUUUGCUAAUUUUACUCUGGCUUCCACAGUUUUUAUGAGCUUCUAUGUAAUAGUCCAUAUCUGGCUAGCUGCACCUAGUACAAUUCAAGGACUAGAGUUUGUUGGGCUUGACUUGCCUGAUUCUAUUGGUGAAUUCAUUGUGUGUGGUGUUUUGGUUCUUCAAGGCGAAAGGGUGCUGCAGUUAAUAUCACGCUUCAUGCAGGCUAGAGCACAAAAAGGGAGUGAUCAUGGAGUUAAAGCACAAGGGGAUGGAUGGUUACUAACGGUUGCCUUGAUUGAGGGAUGUAAUUUAGCAGCUGUAGAUUCAAGUGGGUUCUGUGAUCCAUAUGUGGUGUUCACUUGCAAUGGGAAAAUUAGAACCAGCUCAAUCAAGUUCCAGAAAUCUGGCCCCCAGUGGAAUGAAAUAUUUGAAUUUGACGCAAUGAAAGAGCCUCCUUCCGUACUGGAUGUAGAAGUUUUUGAUUUUGAUGGGCCUUUUGAUGAAGCUACAUCUUUGGGACAUGCUGAGGUUAACUUUGUAAAAUCUAAUAUAUCAGAUCUAGCUGACGUGUGGGUUCCUCUGCAAGGUAAGUUGGCUCAGGCAUGUCAAUCUAAACUGCACUUGAGAAUUUUCUUGGACAAUACAAGAGGUGGAAAUGUAGUUAAGGAGUACUUAAGUAAGAUGGAAAAAGAAGUUGGGAAGAAGAUAAAUGUGAGGUCUCCUCAAACAAAUUCAGCCUUUCAGAAACUCUUUGGGCUUCCACCAGAGGAAUUUCUCAUCAAUGACUUUACCUGUCACUUGAAACGGAAAAUGCCUCUGCAGGGUCGCCUGUUUCUCUCACCAAGAAUAAUUGGGUUUCAUGCCAAUUUAUUUGGGCACAAGACAACAUUCUUCUUCCUUUGGGAAGACAUCGAAGACAUUCAAGUUUUAACUCCUACUCUGUCAUCAAUGGGCAGUCCAAUCGUUGUUAUGACUCUCCGUCUAGCAAGAGGGAUGGAUGCUAGACAUGGUGCGAAGACACAAGAUGAGGAAGGCCGGCUGAAGUUCCAUUUCCAGUCUUUUGUAUCUUUCAAUGUAGCUCAUCGGACAAUCAUGGCUCUGUGGAAAGCCAGAUCCUUGAGCCCAGAGCAGAAAGUGCAAAUAGUUGAAGAAGAGUCCGAGUCCAAAAGCCUCCAAACUGAAGAGAGUGGAUCCUUCUUAGGCCUUGAGGAUGUCAGUAUGUCUGAGGUUUAUUCAGGUGCUCUUCCUGUUCCUACUAGUUUCUUCAUGGAAUUAUUCAGUGGUGGUGAAUUGGACCGUAAAGCUAUGGAGAGAGCUGGUUGUCUUAACUAUUCUUGCAGUCCAUGGGAUUCAGAAAGGGCUGAUGUGUAUGAGAGGCAAAUAUAUUACAGAUUCGAUAAGCGUGUGUCCCGUUAUAGAGGAGAGGUGACUAGUACUCAGCAGAAAUCCCCACUUUCUGAGAAAAAUGGUUGGCUUAUUGAAGAAGUUAUGACUCUCCAUGGUGUUCCACUUGGGGACUAUUUCAAUCUUCACCUUAGAUACCAAAUUGAGGAUUUACCCUCAAGAGCAAAGGGAUGUCAGGUGCGAGUAUUUUUUGGAAUUGCAUGGUUGAAAAGCACAAGGCAUCAGAAAAGGAUUGCCAAAAACAUCCUCUUAAAUCUAGAAGAUCGAUUGAAGGUGAUAUUAGGUGUGGUUGAGAAGGAAUUUAUUGCAAGAUAGUGCAUGACUGGCAUUACUGAUAUUAUACACCUGAUUGGCAGAUGAUCUUCAAUAUCAUCUUCAGAAAGUUACUGCAUUCUUCGGUUGGUUUUCUUUAUUGCUUGUUAUGUUUGCAGAUUUGAGACCUAUCCAAAUUUGCAUUAUAGCUGUGAUCUGCAUGAGUAUCUCAAUCAAAACCAAUCCCAAAUUUUGCUUGACAGCGAAUGUGAAAAUUGCUGGUGGAUUACUUGGUUUUAACUUGCUUUUCGGAAUCUAGCAUAGUUUGCUUAUUCAGUUUGAUGCUUGUAAGACCGAAGCCCCUGAUUGAAGCAGACCUACCAAAGUUACAGUGUCUUGGAAAAUAUGGUCUGUUACAGCUCCUUUUACCAUUUCUGGUUGAAGAUAUAAUAUUCUUUUUUGCUCUUUUCAAGAAUAUCAAACUGUAUUUUUGAGACAGACUAUUGUUUUUUAUUUUGAAUGGAAUUGGCAAGAGAAACUUUUGUUUCUUGACAAACUGCUGUAAUCAUAAUUUAAAUCAUAUUUGUAGUGUAUAUUAAUUCGUCAAAAAAACUAGUGUUGAGAUGAUGGUGCAUGCAGCGGUUCUUAUAAAGAUUAAAGAAUGUAGGCGUUGUGGGAUUGUUCGAUGGUUGGUUGGCGGGGGAAUAGGAGUAAACAUGGAUGGCAUUGGCCAAUUGAGUGAUACUAACACACUUGUCUCGUGUCUCCGGUCCAUGUAUAGUCCCACACUUGAAAAGAACAAGAGGUUUUUAUACAUUAUGAAAAUUUGACAUUU